CGGGCCGCCCCGCCAGAGCAGCCCCGGCCCCCGCGCAGCCCCGCCGCGCCCGCGCAGCCCGGGCGGAGGUUGUUCAUCUCUGAGGACGAGCAACACCCAAACUGAAGGGAAAUACAUUGUGCAGAAAAUUAAGAAAACUCCUUUUUUUUUCUUUGGAGAAGCUGAUUUCCUUCAGCAAGUGGGGGACGGUGGAGAAAAUGAAGCUGAGUCCGCAAUUCUUCUUAGCUGGUUUUCUGUCUUUGAUUCUGCAGACGGGACUUUGCUAUGGGAUAAAAUGGAUAGCUCUGUCCAAGACUCCUUCAGCUUUGGCCCUGAAUCAAACCCAGCACUGCAAGCAGCUUGAAGGCUUGGUGGUUUCCCAGGUGCAGCUGUGCCGCAGCAACCUGGAGCUAAUGCAGACCAUCAUCCAGGCGGCACGGGAAGUGAUAAAGACCUGCCGUAAAACUUUCUCAGACAUGCGGUGGAACUGCUCUUCCAUUGAGCUGGCUCCUAACUACCUGCUGGACUUAGAGAGAGGCACAAGGGAGUCAGCAUUUGUGUAUGCCCUUUCUGCUGCUGCCAUCAGCCAUACCAUUGCCAGAGCCUGCACCACCGGGGACCUCCCUGGCUGUUCCUGUGGUCCCAUCCCAGGUGAGACACCUGGACCUGGGUAUCGAUGGGGAGGAUGUGCAGACAACCUCAACUAUGGUCUUAUCAUGGGGUCCAAAUUUUCAGAUGCUCCCAUGAAGAUGAAAAAAUCAGGAUCACAAGCCAAUAAACUGAUGCAUCUGCACAACAGUGAAGUAGGGAGACAGGUCUUGAAAGCCUCUCUUGAAAUGAAAUGUAAGUGCCAUGGAGUUUCUGGGUCAUGCUCUAUCAAGACCUGUUGGAAAGGCCUUCAAGAGCUGCGAGACAUUGCAUUGGACCUCAAAAACAAGUAUUUAUCAGCCACCAAGGUCGUUCACCGGCCCAUGGGCACACGCAAAUACCUCGUGCCAAAGGAUAUUGAUAUCAGGCCGGUUAAAGAGACAGAGCUGAUAUACCUGCAGAGCUCACCCGAUUUCUGCAUGAAGAAUGAAAAAGUGGGGUCACACGGGACCCAGGACAGGCAAUGCAACAAGACCUCCAACGGGAGCGACAGCUGUGACUUGAUGUGCUGUGGCAGAGGCUACAACCCCUACAUGGACAAAGUAGUGGAGCGAUGCCACUGCAAGUACCACUGGUGCUGCUACGUGACCUGUAAAAAGUGCGAGAGGACUGUUGAGAGAUAUGUGUGCAAAUGAAAACCCUCCUCUCUCCACCCGGGAGCUGAGACGCCAGUGGCACCCUAGCACUAUUCAGAGAAGAGAAAACUUUCCCUGACUAGAAGUCAUUUAUCUUGUAAAGACAUGGACUGGAAGAAAGAUGGUAGGAGGGAAAAAAAGCAAUCACACCAGUAAAAAUAAGAUCCUUAAAAAACCCCACCAACAACCCACAAAUGUUUCCCCACGAAUAAAAUGCUCUCUGAGAAGACAAAAACUCAUUUGGGAUGGUAUCUUCUUCCAAAAUAUUUCCUAUAGUUGCCAAUGACGUCCAGCCAUCAAGUGCCUUAGUAUUUUGAGAAACAAAAGUAGAAACUUUUCCCUGGGAAGAAAAGCAACUCUUGUUUGAAAAUAACUAAGGCUCACACCUGCCCAUGCCUUCUAGCACAGGUACUGAGUCUGCAAUAAAAGACUUUCCCAGAAGGAAAAAUGCUACAACUUUCCAGCAAUAACUGCCUUGGUUGCCAAAGACUUAAUUUUUGGCAGGGAAGCAUCUACUUCGGAUGGUAAAGGUGGAAAGAUUUCAGGUCAAUCACCUGAAAUGAACAACUCAUUUUAACCUUUCUUUUAUGCAGGUCUGCGACUUUGAAGUUACUGCUGCAGCUGUCCUUGAUUUGUCCAGGCUCGAUGGGGUUUCAAAUUCAGCUGUGCAAAAUGUCCCCUGAGAUCCUGAAGGCAGUGAGAACAGGGUACCCUGAGGAGGACUUUAUGGGGUCAAUGAGAUAGUAGUGGAGCCGUUAGGAUAAAAUAACAAAGUGAAGUCAAAAUCCAGUAGGAAAGUAUAAAAAACCCAAACAGCUCCUGCUCUCUUUCUCUCUUGCUGUUUGGGGGUGAUGCCCUUAGUCACCAGUGUUCUACCACAUUGGGCCAUCGAGUCCUUAGGGAAAUAUGCCGCUGCCUCUUUUACCCCGGUAAAACCGUUGAUGCAGCCCCAAGCAACUGCAGAGAGCGGCGCAGGUCCAGUCCCGGCUGCAGGUAGUGCAGCCAUGCAGGGCAGCAGCUAUUCCCAGCAGAAGGGAAUGGGAAUGUGUCAGUCCUUCACGUGGCCCUGCCCUGACUCAGCAGAGAACCACUAUCUGUGGCUGUACAUACUUUCUCUUGUAUGCGGACGUACAGAAAUAUUUAUAUCUCAAGCUUUCAUCUACUCUACUUCCUACAUAAAUAUAUCUAUAUAUUAUAAACAAGCAUUA